AUGACCAAGGCCGAGACCAGGUACCCUCAAAUGGAGAAACUGGCCCUCACCUUGGUCACCUCGACACGAAGACUGAGGCCGUGCUUCCAAGCCCACACUGUGACCGUGCUCACAAACUUGCCUUUGAAACAAGUUUUACACAAGUCAAAGACAUCUGACCGCUUAAUGAAAUCGGCUGUAGAGCUGAGCAAGUAUGAUAUCCAAUUCGAACCUCAAACAGCUGUGAAGGGGCAAGUUGUCACAGACUUCAUAGGUGAGCUAACUCUUUCUCCUACUCCAACGUCCGAGUUCGACCAGCUGUGGAUGAUGUACGUGUAUGAGUCUUCAAAUGAAAAAGGAUGCGGCGCAGGCGUGCUCUUCCUCGCCCCGGAUGACAUACGUUUUGAGUACGCCCUUCGCUUCUACUUCCGUACCUCAAACAAUGAGGCCGAGUACGAAGCCUUGUUGGCCGUGCUGCGCAUGACAAGAGGACUUGGAGCCAGUCACCUUCAAAUUUUUAGUGAUUCUCAGCUGAUAGUGAAUCAGAUCAAAGAAGAGUAUAAGACAAAAGACUCUCGGAUGGAGAAAUACCUGGGAAAGGUCAGGUCACACCUCACCCAUUUUCAAGCUUACGAAAUCAGCAAGAUUCCGAGGUCACAAAACUCCAAUGUCGAUGUCUUGGCCAAAUUAGCAUCUGCCUACAAGACCAACCUAGCGAGAUCAGUCCUGGUGAAAAUCUUGGAUAACCCUUCCAUUUUGGAGCUGGAUAUGAUGGAAGUUGAUUCCAAGCCUCUGUCAUGGAUGGAUCCAAUCAGGAACUUCUUAGAAGGCAAUAUCCCAAUAAACCCGAAGGAAGCCAAAAAGAUGAGAAGAAAAACAGCUCGGUACUUGCUCCGAGAUGAAACAAUGUACCAGCGUGGGUUCUCCUUACCCCUCCUUAAGUGCAUUUCAAAAGAAGAUGAAAGUUAUGUUCUUAAGGAAGUGCAUGAAGGGGUUUGUGGUAACCAUUUGGGGGCCAGGUCAUUAUCGACGAAGGUCAUUCGUCAGGGUUACUACUGGCCCACGGUUGAUCAAGACGCAAAGGAAUUCGUGAAAGCGUGCGAUAACUGCCAACGGUUUGCGAAUAUCAUCCAUCAGCCUCCCGAGCUGCUGACUCCGAUCUCAACACCAUGGCCCUUUGCACAAUGGGGAGUCGAUCUAAUCGGACCUUUCCCAUUGGGCAAAGGGCAGACCAAAUUCGAGCUUCUUCAGGCAUUGCUCCAUAAAGUUCUUGGGAGUAGGAGUCCUGUUUGGACCCGAGGCCCACUUCUGGGCAUACCUGAGUUUGAUAGGUGCAAGGUUGAUCUCGGGAGCUACCUCCUUGACCCCUUCAUCAGGAACCAGAAGCCAGCAUCGUUGAAGUCUUUAGCGAACUCGUCGAAGUCAGGGUGCUGGCGAAAGGCUUCUUCCAGAAGAAUCCUGUUGCUGAGUUUGGACUUCGCCAGCUCAAGCUUGCCCUUCAGCUCUGCCGUCCUCGGAGUCACAGACUUUUAG